AAACAACUUGCCAGUACCAGGCAAGGAGAAAGCCAAGCCUAGUUACGCAAAACAGGACAAGCAAGAAGGCAGUUGCUAUCUCUGGGAGAGAGGAGAACAAUCCACAGUGGGCUUGAAUAUGAAAAUGGAGGGACAGCAGUGAGAUUUUCUUUUCCUCUCCAGACUGGGCACGGCAGACAGAGAUUCAAAAGAACAGAUUCUGACCAGCUGGAAAUCCUUGGGAACACAGGAGUUGGUUCCUCCCCUCCAGUUGGCGUGGCCAGUGGGAUCAACUUCCGCUGGAUGUUUGCUCUGAAGUUUCCAUAGUUUCAAGAUCUUGGGAGAACUGACAUACGGCCGGCAGAAGAAUUUUCAGUGAAUAUUCUUAUAUUUUCAUGGCAACGUUUUCAUUUGCAUAAAUUCAACAAGAAUCUGUUCUCCUUGUAUCAGCACAUAAUUGGAAACAUUGAUUAUAUUACUGAGGCUUUGAUUGGCAUGUCAUAUUUGAGGGAAACCUGCAAAAACUUAGGACUUGCUCUGCUCAUCAGUGGUCAUCAGACUUCAGCAUGAUCACCUCUAAGUUGCUGGCUUAUGUGGCAGUUUCAGUUCUCUGUGUCUUCAGAGUCAGCUCCCGGGAUACAUUUAUUGCAGCUGUUUAUGAACACGCAGUGAUAUUACCUAAUGCCACCCUGAUACCAGUGUCCCAUGAAGUGGCAUUAGCAUUAAUGAACCAAAAUCUGGAUCUUUUGGAGGCAGCGGUCACUUCAGCAGCAAACCAGGGUGCAGAUAUUAUUGUGACUCCAGAAGAUGGUAUAUAUGGCUGGAACUUUAACAGGGAAACUAUCUACCCAUACCUGGAGGAUAUCCCAGACCCUGAAGUCAACUGGAUCCCUUGUAUUAAUCCCAGAAGGUUUGGCUACACCCCAGUGCAAGAAAGACUCAGCUGUCUGGCCAAGGACAACUCUAUCUACCUUGUGGCAAAUAUUGGAGACAAGAAGCCAUGCAAUGCCAGUGACUCUCAGUGUCCCCCUGAUGGUCAUUACCAAUACAAUACUGAUGUGGUCUUUGAUUCCCAAGGAAAACUGGUGGCACGCUACCAUAAGCACAACCUUUUCAUGAAUGAAAAUCAAUUCAAUGUACCCAAGAAGCCUGAGGUUGUGACUUUUGACACUGUCUUUGGAAGAUUUGGCAUUUUCACGUGCUUUGAUAUACUCUUCUAUGAUCCUGCUGUUACUCUGGUGAAAGAUUUCCAUGUGGAUACCAUAGUCUUCCCAACAGCAUGGAUGAAUGUUUUGCCACAUUUGUCAGCUAUUCAGUUCCACUCAGCUUGGGCAAUGGGCAUGGGGGUCAACUUCCUUGCAUCCAAUAUACAUCACCCCUCAAACAGAAUGACAGGAAGUGGCAUCUACGCACCUGAUUCUCCACGAGUAUUUCAUUAUGAUAUGAAGACAAAGAAGGGAAAACUCCUCCUCUCAAAACUGGAUUCUUACCCACACCGCCCUGUAGUGAAUUGGACUUCUUAUGCCAGUAGUAUAAAAGGGUUUUCAACAGGAAAUCAGGAAUUUAAAGGUACUGCCUUUUUUGAUGAAUUCACAUUCUUGGAGCUGACAAGAGUCACGGGAAAUUACACAGUUUGUCAGAAAAAACUCUGCUGUCAUCUAAGCUACAAGAUGUCUGAGAAGAGAACAGAUGAAGUUUAUGCCCUAGGGGCAUUUGAUGGACUACAUAUUGUCGAAGGGACAUAUUAUUUGCAGAUUUGUACUCUGUUGAAGUGUAAAACAGCAGACUUAAACAGUUGUGGUGGUGCAGUUGAAACUGCCUCUACCUGGUUUGAAAUGUUUUCCCUCAGUGGCACUUUUGGAACCCAGUAUGUCUUCCCUGAGGUGUUGCUAAGUGAAAAUCAGCUUGCCCCUGGAGAAUUUCAGGUGUCAAGUGAUGGACGCUUGUUCAGUGUGAAGCCGCCAUCUGGACCUCUCUUGACCGUGACUCUGUUUGGGAGAGUGUACGAGAAGGACCAGACAUUAAAUGCUUCAUCAGACCUCCGGGCACAAACACGAGGAAUAAUGCUCUUAGUCAUAAUACCAAUUGUGUACUCAUUAAGUUGGUAGAAUAUUUCCAUUUGCUCUCUUUUAUUUUGUGUAAUUAAAAAAAUGAUGGCUGAGAAAAGAAAGAUGAAGAUCAUAACACUGGUCAUGGUCUCUUGUACAAGUAAUUACAAAUACAUAUACAUAUAUAGUUCACGGAUUUUGUACACACACACACCACCCCCAGAUAAUAGAAGCCAGAUAAACAGUGACAUCAUUUUGAAAGGUUAAAAUCUAUAAAAUGAGGGUAACAGUUUUACUCACAAUUUUAGGUGUUUUUUUUUUGAAAAUUAAAUAAUUGAAUGCAUUUAAAGUCCUUAGAUAAGUUUCUGGAUCAUGGAAAGUACUGGAUAUGUGCUAGCUAUUCACAACUGUAUAAUUAUCACAGUAAAACCAUGUGUGAUAUUUUUAUUGCUAAAAUUACAUCACCUCUGAUUGUCUAAAUUUUUAAACAUCUUCCACAGGCUUAGCCACCCUCCAUAUUUCAAUUAGAAAAUCAGUGAACUCAACAUCGGAUAAUUGGUUUAGACUUGAUACCUAGCAAUGACGUGUUCUGGAAGGCAGCUGGAAUACAGCUCUAACAACCUGUUAGAGGGCCUUCACUUUUUUGAGUGUUUUUCAGUGCCUCUUUAGUGUUUUACCUAUCUUGUUAGCCUAUAAGCAUAUCAAUAGGGUGGUUCAUUUUUUUUUUUUUUUUGAUAGGGUGGUUCUAAAGCAAACAUUUUACCAAAUCUGUACUGUGAUAAGUUUUUUCAUGGCCUUAGGUUUUUAUGUUUCUAAAUGGUUGAAAAACAAAGAAGAAUGAAAAGAAGAAUAAUAUUGUGUGAUACGUGAAAAUGAUCUGAAAUUCAAAUUUCAGUCUCCUACCUGAAAGUUUUAUUGAGCACAGCCAUGUUUAUUUAAGUGCUGCUUUUUUUUUUUUCGGCAUAACAGUAUUCAUUGUUUUUGCACCACACCCAGUGCUCCAUGCAAUC